UUUUCCAGUUUUGUUUACUGUAGCUUCGGUGAUAGCAAGGUGGGAGAGCUAUGUUUAGUUUAUCCAAAGACACAGUUAAAUUGUCUUAAUGUGUCUAAAGAAGUAAUUUUAGGCACUCUCUUGACUUAAGAACCUUAAAAGUCUUACUGCAAGGUCGCUUGACGUUGAGGUAUGUAAAUACGACUUGCUGUAUAACCAACAAAGUCCAGCAAAAAAAAUUGAGACCGAAGAAGUUAACUUCUUCACACUGACUGGAGAGUCACAGGCUCGUAAACAGUGUUGUAGUUUAUGUUCAGCCGUCUCUAGUUUUUCUUUUUAAGCGUUUGGAGAUGUGUUGAGGUAGCGUUGGUUUUGUCCAGCGGCCCAGAUGAUCGAGGUGGUGGCCUCCAUGGCCCGGGGCCCCGUGUUCCUGGCCGGGGAGCUCCUGGAGUGCCUCAUAACCUUCACUAACCCGAUGUCUCACCUCUCCACCUCGGCCAGCAGCGAGAUGUUGGCAUGGGCCAGCGCCCAGAUCCACUGCCAGUUUCAUGCCAGUGAGAACAGAGUGGCCCUGCCAGCGCAGGGCAACAAGCAGGACGUCCAGGCCGACAGCGACACCGUGCUGAUUCCAAGCAGAGGAGAACGAGGGCAGUGUGUGCUGGACACACCUCCCAAAAUACUGUUCUGUGACCUGCGCCUUGACCCCGGAGAAAGUAAAACGUACUCCUACAGCGAGCUGGUUCCCGUAGAUGGACCUCCUAGUUUUCGCGGUCAGGCAGUGAAGUACGUCUACAAGCUGACCAUCGGCUGUCAGCGAGUCAACUCUCCCAUCAAGUUGCUCCGAGUUCCUUUCAGAGUCCUGGUUCUGCAGGGAAUGCCAGAGCCUCCGUUUCCUCACGAUGAAGAAGUUUCUCCCUCCAACCCGUUUCUGGAGGAAGAGGAAGCAAGCCGGCGAGAUGCGACAGCUUUGGAGAGAGCGCUGGACAUGCUGAUGGUCACCACCUCCAGACGAUGCCCUCACAUGUUUAAUAUCACCAACACGCGAGGAAAAGUGGCAAAGUUCUGCAUCUUUAAGACCGUUUACAGACUGGGAGAGGACAUCGUCGGCACCUUCAACUUCUCCGAGGGAGACAUUCCCUGCCUGCAGUAUUCGGUGAGCCUGCAAAGCGAGGAGGAGAUCCAGCAGCAGUACCAGCGGCGACCUGGACAGGCCGUCAGCGUGACCGGACACGGCCGGCACCUGGAGUCCUGCCUCCACACCGCCUCCAGCCACUUCUCUCUGCCCAUACCGCUCAACGUCACGCCGGGCUUCAGCACAGACAUCGUGACUCUGAGGUGGCGCCUGCACUUUGAAUUCGUCACGGCCCGUGAGCCGAUGGAACCGCCCACCGUUCUUCAGAACCAAUCAGAGGUGACCGUCUGGGCCGGGGCGGAGCACGUCGACGUGGACACCUUCAGCUGGAACCUGCCCGUCAAAGUGCUGCCCACAAACCCAGCGCUGGCGUCCUACGUGUCCCAGUUCACUGGCACCAACAGCAUCAACAUCUGACCUCCAGAGCUGCACAGUUUUUAAGACUCGUGUGAGUGUGUGUGUGUGUGUGUGUGUGUUUUCUUUUUAAAGGUAACUAAUAUUUUCACAGAGUUGCAUAUUUCCAGAAGAAAUAAGCAUCCAGAGUUGGUGGAUUCAAAUUGUAUUGAAACAAACUGUAUACGUCGCCUUUUUUUGGCUUUUUAAAAUUUUUAGAAAAAUGCAACUUUUUCUUUUUGGUGUUUAUUUAUUUUUGAGUCUGCUUUAUGCAUGAACAGCUUUUAUUUUUAUUAUUUGAAGCCAGCAUUACUCAUACAAGAUGCUUUUUUCUUUACAAGUUCUUUUCUUUGAGCUCCUGUAAGAAGCACAAGGAUAUAUUAAAAGUUUAACCUCAAA